AUGGCAUACAAGUCGAAUCCAAAUGAAGUACAAAUAUCACAAUGGGUUGAGCAGGUGCACCAUCCGCACCAGCUGGCAUCAUAUCACGAUGCCCUUUACCACAAACAGCGAACUCUCAGCUUCUUGAGAAGCGAAGCAUAUGCGGGAUGCUUCAGUAAUCCGGACGGUGUCAUUGCGUCCAUGAUAAUGUCCAUAUGGUUCGAGCUCAUGGAUUCUGGACGAGAUACUUGGAGAUACCAUCUUCGUGGACUGAGAGAAGUGAUGCCAAAACGCGGCUUAUCCCUCGCCCUCUUAAGGGAUGGAGAAUUGGCCGCUGACUUGCCUCAAAUGAGCGAAUACUUUGACACGAGCUACGCGAUUUUUGAAAUCAUAGGGUCGACAUUUGUGAAGGCCAAACAGCCUUAUCAGCCGCUCUUCUCGAUGUCCCCUACUCUCGACAUCUUGAAGCGUUCUGAGUCCCAGACAUGGACCGGGUGCCCCGCAACCCUUCUCUACGUGCUUUCUCUCGUGAAUGCGGCUGCUUCGUGCUCUCACGAAAUGCCACCGGAUUCGAUUGACAACAUUUUCUCCCAUCUGCGGAACUUCUCUCCAAUGAAGUGGGCAGUUGCGGGUGCGGAAAUUCACUACAUGAAACCAAGAUAUCAACUUGCCUGUGUCUGGCAAGCAGCGGUCGAGAUAUACGCGCUGCAACUUCUCCCAGUUCCUUUCGAAAGCGAUGUUUUCAGAGAAGGGAGAAUCAGCAAUUCACUGGAUUCGAUCCUUUACCAUCUCAAAUCUAUGGACCCCGCGGAUGUCCAUCUCAAAGGCAUCCUAUGGCCUGCAUUUGUCAUUGGCGCUGAGGCACAAACAAUGUCUCAAAGGGAACUCAUUACUGAUGUGUUUGGACAUCUGUGGACACUAUGGCGCUGUCACAAUGUGACGAAUGCCUUGAAGGUGCUUGAGAAGAUUUGGGCUCGUCGAGCUAUGGAAGGGUCAUCUCGACGAUGGAUCGAAUAUGUCUAUGAGUGGGGUGAAGAUUGGAUGUUCAUCUAG